AUGACUGAUAUCCCAGAUUACAACUCUUAUAGUUAUGAUUAUGAUGAUGGUGUGGAACCUUGUAACCUGACGCAGUUCAACGAACAGCAAGUGACCAUCCCAACCUUCAUCUACUCUCUGAUUUGCGCACUCGGCCUGGUGGGCAACGUUCUGGUCCUCCUAACAUACUCCUUCUACAAGAAAGCGAAAACCAUGACCGAUAUCUAUCUGGUUAACGUGGCACUGGCCGAUCUGCUCUUCGUCAUCGCCCUUCCACUGAUCAUCUACAACGAACAGCACGACUGGAGCAUGGGCCAGUGGGCAUGCAAGUUUCUGAGAGCAGCCUACAGCAUCAACGUGUACAGCAGCACGCUCCUGUUGGCCUGCAUCAGCGGCGACCGCUACAUCGCCAUCGUGCAAGCCAGACGAUCGGUUCGAAUUCGAUCGCAAGCUCAGGUCUACAGCCGUCUCAUCUGCUCGGUCAUAUGGCUUCUCGCUCUCAUCUUGUCUCUGCCUACUUUUAUAUAUUACCAGGAGGUAAACAAGGAAUGCAUCACUAACUUUGAUGAGCAUCACACCGCCAGACUCAUGAAGAUCCUGAUUCCGAGCAUGCAGAUGGUCCUCGGGUUCUUGGUGCCGCUGAUGGUCAUGAUAUUCUGCUACUCGUGCACCAUGGUGACUCUACUCAAAGCUCAAAACUUCCAGAAGCACAAGGCGAUCCGCGUGGUCCUGGCCGUGGUCUUCGUGUUCGUCCUUUGCCAUCUGCCUUACAACGUGGCGCUUCUUGUCUACACCAGUAAACUGUUCAAUGAGAGAGUCUGCGAGGAAGAACAGAAGACGCUGAUGACUUUGUCCAUCAGCAGGAGUGUGGCCUACCUUCACUGUUGCUUGAAUCCCAUUCUGUACGCCUUCAUCGGGGUUAAAUUCAGGAGCCACUUUUGUCAGAUCUUCCGAGACUUGCGGUGCCUGGGGAAACGGUACAUUUCGAGACGCUCCUCUCAGCAGACCUCUGAGCUGUACAUAUCAGCGAACAAAACCGUUGUUGGACAGAACCAGGAGAACCCGUCUUCAUUUACAAUGUGACAGAACCUUUGAGUGUUUGUGCUCAAGGAAGCAGUGAGCUGUGGAUCGUUUGCUUGGUUCUUGGUUUGUGUUUCAGUUUCGGACACAAGCUUUUGGUAAACUUUUUGGCUUCAGAAUAAGGUUUCAUUAAUGCAUUAACUGACAAUGAACAACACAUUUAUAACAGUAUUUAUGAAUGACAUGUCAUCUCAGGUCAAAAUGACAUUAAUACAUUCCAUUGUUUUAUUAGUUUUCAUUGUUAGUUAAUGUGAAGUAAUGUAGUUAGCUAAUGUUAAUAAUUGUACAUUUAUUAUAGUGUUACCACUUGUUUUGUAAAUUUUUUUGGUUACUUUAUACUUUCCUAUUCAAAUUCUUUUUUACAGUAACUUUACUGUGGGCUGACUACUACAACCCAUACCUGAUUUGCAAGGCAAAUACAUUUCAGGGAAAUUCAUAUCAGCCUUGACAACAAUUAUGGUAUUAAACCAUAUGAGUGCCAAGGUACAAAAAUGCCUUUUUCUUGUAAAAGGCUCAGUAUAAUGCAUUUAAUAAAUAUUCAAAAAACAACAUUAACAACAAAGCCAAAGCAUUUAAACAUUAACCAUGAAAAACCUACUGUAUUAUAUUUGAUACACACAUUUCAGUGCCUAUAAAUAAAUGAUCAACAUGAUCAAAAAAUCUAUUACAUGACCACUGUCGCCUGAUUGAUAGUUAAGACAAUUUUACCAAGUCUAUUGUGUUGCUUUCUAUUAUACAAACAUCCACCUUGUCCUUCACUAUUUAUUUUAAUUUUUUGAAGUGUUUUUUCAAGUAAACGUAAGAAUAACUUUUCAUGUUUGUGAUAUUUCUAGAUGUGCACUUACAACUUAUGUUUACUUGAUUAUAAUUUUUAUUUUAGAAAAAUCAUGUAAAUGUGAUCAAAUUUACUCAUCAGGCAUUUGAGGAAAUUUUAUUUGUCAUAUUAUUAGAGAUAUAGA